GCUGCAAGGCAUCCGCUUAUUCAUCCCGCCUCUUCCUGUUUGUCUUCUAAUACCUGGUGUAUGAACAGUAGUCGGCGUCAAAGUCCAGAAAAUCCGACGACUUCACUGAAGUGACAGGGUGAAGGUGAUGGCAGCUCAGACAGACAGAGUGAUGAUGCUAAGUGAAUGGGAGGACAAAUGGCAGGAAGGAAAGAUUGCCUUUCACCAACCUCACAUUCACCAAAUGCUAAAGGACAAUCUACACAAAAUCUUGUGUGGACGGCAGCAGGUUCGGUUUUUCUUCCCUCUCUGCGGGAAAGCCGUAGACAUGAAAUGGCUGGCAGACAUGGGUCACGUGAUCGUCGGGGUUGAGAUCUCUGAGAAAGCGAUAAAGCAGUUUUUCGAAGAACACAGCCUAGAGUACAAAGAAGAGCCAGUGCCAGCUAUACCUGGAGCAAAGGUGUUCAAGAGCUCUGAUGCAAAGAUCUCCCUCUAUCAGUGCGAUUUAUACAAGUUCUCCGGUGCUAUAGAGGGUCAGUUUGGAGGGAUUUGGGACAGGGGUUCUCUGGUGGCCAUAAACCCAUGUGACAGGCAAAAGUAUGCUUCUCUCAUCAUGUCCUUGAUGGACAAAGACUGCAGGUAUUUAUUGGCUACACUGGAAUAUAACCCUGAAUUGUGGAAAGGGCCACCAUUUGUUGUGCCUGAAGAAGAUGUGAAAAGUUUAUAUGGUGAUGCUUGUGACAUUGAGUUGGUGCAGCGUAAAGAUGCCUUUGAAGAAAAACAUAAAGCAUGGGGACUAGACUCGCUUCUAGAGAAGUUGUACCUGCUAACUCUAAAAGCAAAGUUGAACUAACAGACUUUUAGGAAUGAUGUCUUAGCAAGUGAAAAUGUUUUAGAUAUUCAGUUGUAUAGAUAGAUGGAUACUGAGUCUUUAUUUGUCACAUAUACAUUACAGCAAUUACAGUGAAAUUAUUUUUUCUUCACAUAUCCCAGCACGUUAGGGGGUUGGGGUCAGGUGCAGGGUCAGCCAUGAUACGGGAGCAGAGAGGGUUAAGGGUUUGCUCAAGGGCCCAACAGUGGCAGUGCUGGGGCUUGAACCCCCGACCAGUAACCCAGAGCCUUAACCGUCAACCCACCAAUGCGACAGACAGACAGACAGACAGACAGACCGACACACACACACACACACACACACACACACACACACACACACACACACACACACACACACACACACACACACACACACACACACACACACACACACACACACACACACACACACACACAGAGAGAGACAGAGACAGAGACAGAGCUCUAUGUUUCCUACAGGAAUCAGGCAGUGGACGUGAUUAGAUCUCAAGAUACCUUUGUAUACAUUUUAAUACUGAAAUGUAUAUUUUAAUGUUAAUCACCAUGACAGUAUUGCACCGCUUAACAACUAACCUUAAAAAUUGAGAAGACCUUUUAAUGUCAAAAUCAUUAAUGCAUAUUUUCCAGAAGGUGACACUACCACAUGAUCACAGAACAGCAGUUGAAAAAUGAACCUCGUUAGCACAAUGAGCCUCAUUAAAGCGCAGAUACCUGAAAUCAUUACAAACCACUGAAUGAUCCCUUAAUUAUAAAUAUCAGACCUAACUCAUUAAUGAAGUUUGUAUGAAAAGAGGCAGCAUUAAAAGAAUUACAUGCACAAAGCCUGAUCCUGAGGAAGAACACAUUGUAAUGCAGCUUGGUGAGACAUUUUUAUUCUUUCCACACCUGGGUGGGUUUUGAAUAUUUAGAGAAAAUCACAGGAACCCUUUAACCCACACCAUCUGCUCCGACACAAUAGUGAUUAUGUUUCCCCAUGGAUAGUUCGAUUACCUGCCAGAUAGUGUGUGUAUUCCAGCACUCUAGAGAAGACGGUAAAGAAAAAAGACAAGAAGAUGGAAAACAUAACAAAUCAUAUGGCUGCUGUUUGCUUCUGGGAUGUUGGGGGGGGGGGGGGGGGGGGGUCUUCCCUUUUACCUCCUGUAAACAUCUCAACAUAAAGAGCCACUCAUCAUUAGAUGGUCUAGUGGGAAAUCAAAGAAAACUGUCUUUUUAGAUACAUAUUGCCUUGUUCAAAUGCUCACAGGAACAAAAAAAAAUGCUAAAUUGCCAAGUGAUUUAUGAUGUUUACAUUUAUGCAUUUGAUCUAUAGACCUGUGAAAAUCAAUUUUAAAUAAAUCAUAUUUACUACA